AUGGUUCCCCAAGGUGUCAGUGGAAUCUAUGGGUCGGGACGGAUGUUCGACAGCUGCAAUAGCGAGCCCGCUGCCGCGGCGCAGGGAGGCAGGAAGGCAGGAAAGAUGUUUGGCUCGCAGUCGGCGAGAGCAGUAUCGGCGGGACGCAGGAUAUUUGCUGAGCCGUGGUUUCAGCUUCAGGGCUGGCGGAUAGGUGCAGUAUGCACGUCGUCGCAGGGUUUCCGCAGCGUGGCAAUGGCAGCCGAGGGGGGCGUGACUGACAGCGGUCACGGGAGGGAGCACAAUGCCAUGGUCUGGAUGAAAGAAAGGGAGAUGGCGGGAGAGGUUCGACGUGAAGAAAGUGUUCCUGCGUCGGCUCACGCAAGGCAAGGUCAGAUGGAAGUAUUGAUCGCUGGGCGGGGCGAAGCGCUAGAAAAGUUGUACCGCUCGCUCCAGAGCAGGGGUCGUUAUCGACGCUGCGGGGUGCGAGAUGGCGACAGUCGCAGGGGCUCUGACAAGGCCGACAGACACGUCGAAUUCAGCCGCCACGGUGGAGGAAGGAGGUGGUGGUGA